AUGAGAUGCAAUGCAUGUUGGCGAGAACUAGAAGGGCGAGCUGUUUCCACCACCUGUGGCCACCUUUUGUGUAUCCUAUGCAAAGGAAAAAUUUCCCUCUACAGUUUUAGAUAUAUCUGCACAGAGGAUGCCAGCAAGAUCCUUGGCAAUGAUGGAGCAUGUCCCAUUUGUGAUCAAGUGCUCUCUAAGAGUCUUAUGAAACCUGUGGAUAUCAAUCCAAACGAUGAAUGGGUAAAUAUGGCCAUGGCUGGAGUGUCUCCACAGAUAUUAAUGAAGAGUGCACACAGGAGUAUCAUGUUUUACAUUGGGCAAAAGGAACUGGAAAUGCAGUUCAAGAUGAACAGAAUAGUAGCUCAAUUCCGGCAGAAAUGUGAAGCAAUGCAAGAAAAGUUCACUGAGAAAUUGGAACAGGUGCAUACUGCAUACCAGAAAAUGGCGAAGAGGUGUCAAAUGAUGGAACAAGAGAUUGAAAGCUUGUCCAAAGAUAAGCAGGAGCUCCAGGAAAAAUUUGCAGAGAAAUCCAGACAGAAGAGAAAACUAGAUGAAAUGUAUGAUCAAUUGAGGAGUGAGUACGAGUCAGUUAAACGAUCCGCCCUUCAACCUGCGACCAAUUUCUAUUCAAGAAAUGAGCCUGAUCUUUUCUCAAACCAAGCUAACAUCUUGGAUAAUAGAGAAGCUGUUAGAAAAGAUUGGCCGGUUCUCACUCCUGAAACUCCAGGGCCAAAGGAGGAUAUAUGGCCAGCAAGACAGAAUAGUUCAAACUCUGGUGGUCCUUUUGACAUCUCUGUUGGCUCACCGGCAAAACAAGCUGCUAUUCCAGUUGAUGCUGUGAACAGAAGGGCUGGUGCUCACCCUAUGUUUGGAACUGGAGCUAGCAACCCCUCAAUGACCUUAAGGAACUUGAUACUCUCCCCAAUAAAGAGGCCUCAGCUCUCUCGUAACCGUCCCCAGAUGUUCACGCUUGAAGUCGAGAGUUCACUGUUUGCUGAAGGUCAUGCUGGAUAUGUUUACUAUGACUGUAAUUUCUUUUUGUAG